GCGAGAGCGGCGGCGGCCGCGGCGAUGUGGGGCUGCCGGGCGGCCCGAGCCCUCAGCCGUGCCCUGCGGCUCCGGCGGGCUGCGGGUGAUGACCAUGCUGAUCUGUCUUUUCAGACAGGUCUGAGAAAUAUUCUUCAGGACUACAACAGGAAAAUACAACUGAAAUCCAGUAGUAUCUUGCCUGUCACUCUGGCUGAAGUGAAAAGCAGCACGUUCACUGUGAAGAGACCUUUCAGCACUUCACACUCAUCAGUGGAUUCAAAGGAAAUGAAAAAAUUCCAGCUCCUUGCACAUAAAUGGUGGGAUGAAGAAGGAGAAUAUGCAGCCCUUCAUUCUAUGAAUGAUAUUAGAGUGCCAUUUAUUAGAGAUAGUCUGUUGAGCAUGAGUAGUAAUUAUCAUCUGGGAAGUCCACUUUCUGGAAUCAAGAUUCUUGACGUGGGCUGUGGUGGAGGACUGCUCAGUGAGCCCUUAGGUAGACUGGGAGCUUCAGUUACUGGAAUUGAUCCUGUGGAGGACAACAUUAGAACAGCRGAUCGGCACAAGUCAUUUGAUCCCAUCCUGGCCAAGAGAAUACAGUACAAGUCCAGUUCACUGGAGGAGAUUGUGGAAGAGUCUAUGGAAACCUUUGAUGUAAUUGUAGCUUCUGAAGUAGUGGAGCAUGUGGCUGACCUUGAAACGUUUAUCAAGUGUUGCUCUCAGGUGUUAAAGCCUGAAGGUUCUUUAUUCAUUACAACCAUCAAUAAAACACAAUUGUCCUAUAUCCUGGGAAUUGUGGUUGCAGAAAAAAUAAUGGACAUUGUACCAGAAGGAACACAUGAGUGGGAGAAGUUUGUUCCCCCUGAAGAGCUGGAGCGCAUCCUGGAAUCAUAUGGCUUUUCAGUCAAGACCGUGAAUGGGAUGUUGUAUAAUCCGCUCUCGGGCUCCUGGAGCUGGAUGGAGAGCACGAGCCUGAACUACGCAGUGCAUGCAGUGAAGUCUGGGGCUUGGGAGCAGUCACAUCCGACAGAURCCCCAUCAGAGACAGACAUUCAACAGCGCUCAGCCACAGCUGGCACAGCUGGCACUGUCCCAGAUGUCACUGUCUGACAUGGGUGGUGAUGGACUGUCACCAGAAUGGAAAAGAAGGUUUUACUCAGAUGGACACAAUAAAACCUUYUAUAACAACAA